GAUUUACUGAUUUAGCAUAUCUAUUUACGAUAGAUCAGCAUAUCUACAAAAGUUUGUUUAUAAAUUAAUUGUUUUUCCUCAGUCCUCUUUGAACUUUCAUAUCUAAAGAAAGUUAAGCAACUAUGCAUGAACGUGAACAUUCCGUUGAUUCAAUUCGUCAAAGUAGCCAAAUAUUUGGGCAAUUUGAGAAAUUGAUGGUUGCGAACCGUGGUGAAAUAGCUAUUCGAGUUUUUCGAACAGCUCAUGAACUUUCUAUGAAAACCGUUGCAAUUUUUAGCUUCGAAGAUCGAUUAUCGAUGCAUAGGUAUAAGGCCGACGAAGCUUAUCAAGUUGGCUCGCAAAAUGUUUAUACUCCUGUGGGAGCUUAUUUAGCCCAAGAUGAAAUAAUCCGUAUUGCGAAGUUACGCGGUGUAACUAUGAUUCAUCCAGGCUAUGGAUUUCUAGCUGAAAACGCAGGAUUCGCUAGAAAGGUUGAAGCAGCCGGGAUAACUUUUAUAGGUCCUACCCCUGAUGUAAUAGAAAAGAUGGGUGAUAAAACUAAAGCAAGAGAACUUGCUAUUCAGUGCGGCGUUCCCGUUGUCCCAGGUACACCAGGCCCAGUCUCCACGUUAGAAGAAGCGAAAGCUUUUAUAGAUGAAUAUGGGUUUCCAAUCAUUGUUAAGGCUGCAAUGGGCGGUGGAGGUCGCGGUAUGAGAGUGAUUCGUGAUGUAGAUUCACUUCCUGACUCUUUUGAGCGUGCAAAAUCAGAAGCGUUAUCCGCUUUUGGAGACGGCACAGUCUUCUUAGAACGCUUCUUAGAUAAGCCGAGACACAUUGAAGUUCAGUUAUUAGCAGAUGUAGCCGGCAAUGUUAUACAUUUAUUCGAACGUGAUUGUUCUGUACAAAGACGCCACCAAAAGGUAGUUGAAGUCGCGCCGGCAGUCAAUCUUAGUGCUGAAGUUCGCGAUGCAAUCCUUGAUGAUGCUGUCAAACUCGCAAAAGCUGUUAAUUAUCGAAAUGCUGGCACAGCUGAAUUCUUAGUCGAUUCAGAGGGUAGACAUUAUUUUAUUGAAAUUAAUCCUCGAAUUCAAGUCGAACACACCAUAACAGAGGAAAUUACUGGUAUUGAUAUAGUUGCCGCACAAAUUCAUGUUGCCGGUGGAUCACUCCUUUCAGAUCUUAAUUUAACACAAGAAAAAAUUAAUACGCAGGGAUUUGCUAUUCAAUGUCGUAUAACAACUGAGGAUCCGGCCCAAAAUUUCCAACCAGAUACAGGGAAAAUCGAGGUCUAUAGAUCAGCUGGUGGAAACGGUGUUCGUAUGGAUGGUGGUGCAGGUUAUGUUGGCGCAGUUAUAACGCCACAUUAUGACUCAUUAUUAGUAAAAUGCACGUGUUGGGGAGAUACUUAUGAAGUUGCAAGACGUAAAAUUCUUCGAGCGUUAAUUGAAUUUAGGAUUCGUGGUGUAAAAACGAAUAUUCCUUUUCUACAACGAUUACUUACUCAUGAUACUUUUAUGAAAGGAGGAGCAUGGACAACUUUUAUUGAUGAUACACCGGAUCUAUUCCGACUUGUUGAAAGUAAAAAUCGUGCUCAAAAAAUAUUGAAAUAUUUAGGCGACAUUGUCGUUAACGGAAGUAGUAUCAAAGGACAAAUGGGUGAGCCUGCUUUCAAAGGCGAAAUACUUUAUCCGGAGAUUCGUUCUUUGGCUGGUCCAGAACCUGUUGACGUCCGUGUUCCACCUGAGCAUGGGUGGAGACACAUUCUUGUUGAAAAAGGGCCGGAAGCUUUUGCUAAGGCUGUACGUGAAUAUAAUGGCGUUCUGAUUAUGGAUACAACCUGGAGAGAUGCGCAUCAAAGUUUGUUGGCUACCAGAGUUAGAACGAUCGACCUUUUGAAUAUUGCACCUCAUACCGCGCAUGCUCUUGCCAAUGCUUAUUCUUUAGAAAUGUGGGGUGGCGCAACUUUUGACGUUGCAAUGAGGUUUUUAUAUGAAGACCCCUGGGACCGUUUGUCUAAGUUGCGCGCACUUGUUCCAAACAUUCCCUUUCAAAUGUUACUUCGUGGUGCAAACGCUGUAGGUUAUACUUCAUACCCAGAUAAUGUUAUAUAUGAUUUCUGCCAAAAGGCGAAAGAUCAUGGAAUGGAUAUAUUUCGUAUUUUUGAUUCUCUUAAUUAUAUUGACAAUAUGAAACUGGGUAUUGAUGCGGUUAAAAAAGCUGGUGGAGUUGUUGAAGCAGUUAUUUGUUAUACCGGUGAUGUUUCAAACCCCAAUAAGAAAAAAUACAAUUUAGAAUAUUACCUCAAUUUUACCGAACAAUUAGUAAAUUUAGGUAUACAUGUAUUAGGUAUCAAGGAUAUGGCAGGGUUAUUGAAACCUGAGGCAGCAAAACUUUUAGUAAGCUCUAUCAGGAAAAGAUGGCCUGAUUUACCUAUUCAUGUGCAUACACACGAUACUGCUGGGACUGGUGUUGCCAGUAUGUUAGCAGUCGCUUUAGCUGGUGCUGAUGUUAUUGACUUGGCUAUCGAUAGUUUGUCCGGAACAACAUCUCAGCCUUCGAUGGGUGCAGUAGUGUCUGCAUUAGAACAUACUGAUCUUGGUACAGGCAUUAGAUUAGAGGAUGUGCAUGCAUUGAAUGGAUAUUGGGAACAAGCACGUAAAUUGUAUAGUUGUUUUGAAGCUGGAGUUUUGAGCGCUGAUUCUUCGGUUUAUGAACAUGAAAUGCCUGGAGGCCAAUACACAAACCUUAUGUUUCAAGCAUCACAAUUAGGACUUGGAAAACAAUGGAAUGAAAUUAAGAAAGCUUAUACCGAAGCUAAUAAGCUAUGUGGUGAUAUAAUUAAAGUAACACCAAGUUCAAAAGUUGUCGGUGACCUUGCACAAUUUAUGGUUACUAAUAAACUAAAAUAUCAGGAUGUAAUUUCAAGGGCAAAAACAUUGAAUUUUCCAACUUCAGUUGUGGAAUUUUUCCAAGGAUAUUUGGGUCAACCAUAUGGAGGAUUUCCAGAACCACUUCGCUCAGAUAUUAUUCGUGACACUCAAAGAAUUGAUCGUCGACCUGGAUCUACAAUGAAACCAUUAAACUUGACUGAGCUCAAAGCUGAAUUAGUAUCUAAAUAUGGACUAUCAAUACGAGAUGUAGAUGUUAUAUCCGCUGCCAUAUAUCCUAAAGUAUUUGUAGAAUAUCGUGAAACAAUUGAGAAAUAUGGUGAUGUUUCAGUUAUACCCACGAAAUAUUUCUUAGGCAAACCUGAAAUUGGGGAAGAGUUAAGUAUACAGCUUGAAGAGGGUGUUACACUUAUUAUUAAAUAUUUAGCCGCUGGUCCUCUAAAUGCAGCUACUGGUAGAAGAGAAGUUUUCUUCGAAUUAAAUGGAGAAGCACGAGCUAUUGGCGUAUUAGACACAAGUGCCGCCGUUGAACAUGAACAUCGGGAAAAAGCAAAUCCUGGAAAUCCUGGAGAAAUUGGUGCACCAAUGUCUGGUGUAGUGGUUGAAGUAAGAGCGCAUGAAGGAGCAGAGGUUAAAGAUGGCGAUCCACUUUGUGUACUUUCGGCAAUGAAGAUGGAAACAAUAGUUACUUCAGCAGUUUCUGGUAGAAUUGACUAUGUUGCAGUUAAAGAAAGUGAUUCAAUAAACGCGGGGGAUCUUAUUGUUAGAAUAGUUAAAGUUUAAUUUCAAUUUGGAAUAACUUUAAAUUCAGGAUAUAUAAUGUUAUUUGGGAAUCUUAAUUUAUUAUGUAAUAUUAUAAAUUUAUUUAAUAUUGUUAAAUUUAUGAACUCCUUUUCAAAGCAUUUUUAGUAAAUUGUGGUAAAAUAAAAGCAGCUUCAUGAAUUUGAGAAUUAUAAUAUCUACAUAAUUUUUCUUCUUCUUCUUCAGACCAUUUCCUUAAAGGUUUUUUUAGAUUAACUUUAUCAUCAAUACUACAUAAUAUAAAACCAAUUUGACCUGAAGGAUAAGUUGGAAUUGUAGUAUAAGCAUAUUCUACUACAGGAUAUAAUUCACGACAAUAGGAUUGUACUUGUGUGAUUAAAUCUAAAUGAAGCCAUUGACAUUCGCCUAUAAGAUAUGCAUAUGUUGUUUAGUUAAAAAAAAAAAAUUUUAUUUAUUUAUUAUUUUUGAUAAAUUUUUUUGAAUUUUACCUUGAGUUG